AUGGCGUUAAAUGUAGUCAAGAUCUCCCGAGUCAGCGUUGCAACCGACUUGGCCGACCCGCUCCUUCUCCCACUAACUUUCUUUGAUCUCAUUUGGCUAAAACUCCAUCCUACAGAACGAGUCACCUUUUACAAACUCAACGAGUCAUCUCGGGACUACUUCUACUCUGUAAUCCUCCCUAAGCUCGAAUGGUCCCUUUCGACCGUCCUCACGCAUUUCCUCCCACUCUCCGGCCACCUCAAGUGGAACCCACAAGAUCCCAAGCCGCACAUUGUCGUCCUCCCGCAAGACACUGUCUCUCUCACAGUGGCCGACACCGACGCUGAUUUCUCUCGUAUCUCUGGGAAAGGGCUUCGUCCAGACAUUGAGUUACGCGGUCUGGUCCCCGUGUUAUCAGUUUCCUCUGACUCGGCUUCUCUUCUUUCUCUGCAAAUCACUUUUUUCCCGAAUCAAGGCUUCUGUAUAGGAACCACAGUCCACCAUGUUGCCAUGGACGGCAAAACAGCGGCAAAAUUUCAUAAAGCAUGGGCUCACAUCUGUAAACACGGAACCAUACCGCAAGACUUUCAACUACCUACGCUUUUAGACCGGACGGUCAUCAAUAUUCCGGCAGGACUCGUACCGAAGAUCUUCGAACUUCUGCCUUAUCUCUCAGAGGAAAAAGAAACCGCAAGAUCCCUAACUCUGCCUCCUACCAAAGAGAUCAGCGACGACGUUGUCCGAAUCACGCUAGAGUUGACUCAGGAAAACGUGGAGAAACUCAAGGAGCGAGCUAAGAAGGAUUUAACUCGGUGUGAUCUUCACUUGUCAACGUUCGUAGUCACAUACGCCUAUGUGUGGACCUGCGCGGUGAAGGCCCGUGGAGGCGAUGAAGAUCGAUUGGUUCGGUUCCUAUACGCUGCUGAUUUCAGAGACCGGUUAGACCCACCAGUUCCUGUGACAUACUUGGGAAACUGUGUAUUACCAAUAGAUUUGUAUGGAUACAAAGCGAAGACGUUUUUGGGAGAAGAUGGAUUCGUCAAUGGCGUUGAAAUUGUGAGUGAUUCGGUCAAAGGUUUGGGUUCACUAGGAGUUGAGUCAAUCUGGGAAGUGUACGAGGAAGGAACGAAGAUGAUGGAAUUUGGUACACAGAUGUUGUCUGUUACAGGGUCUACCCAGUUUGGAAUAUACGGGUCAGAUUUUGGGUGGGGAAGACCUGUUAACACUGAGGUUAUGUCCAUUUACAAGAACGAUGAAUUCUCUAUAUCGAAGAGGAGGGAUGAGACUGGUGGCGUGGAGAUUGGUGUAUGUUUGAAGAAAUGCGAGAUGAGUGUUUUUCUUUCUUUAUUCACAAAAGGAUUGGAUGGUUGCAAAAAAAUGAAUUCUAAAAGUAUUCACUUACAAUGA